GGAGUCAAAAUUAAAAACAAAUGGCGGGCGUUUUAUGCAUCUCUUCUAGGGUCGACGUUUUAGCGAUUUUAAUUCAUGCGAACACUGGUGAAGUCUUCAGCCGGACGCAGUCAGAGAAGCGCUGAUGCUAGCCAGCUAGCUCCUCCGCAGCCACCAUGUCUGUGAACGGGAGGACCAUCCCCAACACGCCGCUGGCUGUGGACUUCUGGCAGGUCCGCAGGUGUCACGGGACUCGCCUCUUCUUUCUGUCCCACAUGCACAGCGACCACACUGUCGGUCUGACGUCCACCUGGACCAACAGACCCAUCUACUGCUCACCUGUGACCCGGAGUCUGCUCACACUGAAACUGCAGGUAAAAGAGGAGUGGAUCCACCCGCUGGAGCUGGGCGAGCCACACCUCCUCCCCCUGGACGACAUCGGCAAAGAAAAACUGACAGUGACCCUCAUUGAUGCCAACCACUGUCCGGGAGCAGUCAUGUUUCUGUUUGAGGGAUAUUUUGGAACGAUACUCUACACUGGUGACUUCAGAUAUGCUCCUGUGAUGCUGCGCGAGCUUUACCAGAAAACCAGCGGCACCAUCGACGUUCUCUACCUGGACAAUACCAACUGUGACCCGAACCGCAGCCUUCCCUCCAGGAAGCAAGCCACACAACUCAUCAAGGAGAUCAUCCGCAGCCACUCGGAGCACUGCAUCGUUGUUGGUCUGUACACUCUGGGGAAGGAGUCCCUGCUGGUGGAUCUGGCCAUGGAGUUCAAAACCUGGAUCGAAGUGAGCUACGAGCGAAUGGAGAUCCUCAAAGCUCUGGACCUGCCGGACGUCUUCACCACUGAACGGGGAGCUGGCCGCAUCCGAGUUGUCAAUCACAGUGAGGUUUCAGCGGCAAAUGUGCGGCUGUGGGAGCAGGAGCAGCCCACUCUGGCCAUCCUGCCCACCAGCAGGCACCUGCCCUCCUUCCACCCAAACGUCCAUGUGGUGCCUUACUCAGACCACUCCUCUUAUCAGGAGCUGGAGGACUUUGUGUCUGCGCUCAAACCCACCACCCUGGUGCCCAUUUUAGGAGUCGGCGUCCCUGAGAGCCUCUUGAGCUUUGUGCCCAGUGGCAAGCCUCAUGAGUUCCUGGUGCCCGAGUCAGUCCGACAGUACAUGUCCAGUCAACGCGACCCUUCUGCGACUGCCACUAGUGUUUCGCGGAAACACAGCCGACCUCUUCCUCCUAAGGGGGUGAUCUUCGAGUCGCCCCUUGGCUCAGCUCGGAAGAGAAGGAGGCACUCAUCAGGAGCCGAGAGUCUUCAGACGGAGGACUCUGGCACUGACUGCAGUGAAAAAGACUCGACCCUGGUCUUGGACUUGAGCAGAACCUUGGUUCACGAGCUGGAUUUGGAGCAGUCGUCUUGCAGCCCUGACGACGAGUCGGUGGUGUCGGUCUCCUGCAGUUUAAGUCCCAGCAGCUCAUCGGUUGCAAGAGUGGUCACGUCUCCAGCCAGAGGCAGCGGAAGCUCAGCAAGUCCUCACUCAUCUGAGUCACGUAACGCUAACAGUCCCACGCUGUCAGACAGCACUGGGACCUGCAGGCCCAGUCCGUUGCACCUCCAGGCUCAGAACCGACCCGCUUCCUCCAGCCGUCCGUCCAGCAGAGACCUUCUGCUGCGAGUGGAGCAGAUCGAAAAUGAGCUUUUAAAGAAUCUGCCUUUCACAGAGGACGACCUCAGGUGUCCUUUUCACGACGUCCUUAAAACACAGCGACCUUGACGUGACCUGCUGCCUGUAGUCGAGUCCUCACUAUAAAUGUAGACAGUGUGUUUUUACCUCUUUAUAAGACUGCACCAGUUAGUUUCUGUAUUAAUGCACGUCUCCGUGAAAGUAUUACAGUUGCAACUACAAUGUCGUACUGAAGACACUCCCAUCGUAGACUUGUGUUGAAGCCACAAAGGAAGUUCACUGUCUCCUUCGACCUCGACCACUGAGCUCACCCUCAAUUCUCGUGAUGUGUAAGUGCUGCUCGUGUGGCUCUGCUUCUGUAGUUCAGCCAAUAUUUCCUGACAAGUAGUCGAUCAAUCGCUUUACUGUCCUUAAUGCCUUCGCGUGUUAUCUGUUUACGUUCCUGAGGUGAGUGAUCAUAUGCAUGCCUGCAUAACAGCCACCUAUGUGUGUAUGAACCGUUGCUGCUGGUAUAUUAAACCUGUUCUUUUACAGCCUCCGUGUGAGGCGGUGUUUGCUCCUCUAAUAAAGUCAUGACUCACGAGUUUGUGCCCAAGCGUGUUCUACCCUUCUCCGCUAGAGGGCAGCAGAAUUUGCUUUACGUUUUUGACUUGAGCGCAGCGUCUCACUUUUUACACAAGUGGCUCCCCCAAUUGUUCUUUCUUUUAGAAUGUAAUAUAUACCUUAAACGUACAUUAUAAUGACCUGUGUUAAUGUUGAUUGUUUGUAAAGAU